AUGACUGGCGACGAUGCCUCCGAGGCCCCGAGCCAAGCCGAGUCAGACGGCCCAUCGCCGUCUUCUUCUGAUGUACCGCCCCUUCGGUGCUGCUGUGGCGAUCUGAACUGUAUCGUCUUGAGACACAACUGCUCGAUCUUGGAGAGCGUCGAGAAAGAUGUUCAUAUGGCAGCAAAACUUGGCCAAGCGCUAUUAGUUCGCCAUGAAGCCUACAUGGUUGAUACCGAGCGAGACCGCGCUACACUAACCUCCCGCAUCAAGCAACUUGAGACCGACAAAAGGGAGCUGGAAGCCAUGAACACGAGGACCAUCGAAGAAAACCGCGCCCUGCUAGAUCAGCUCGAAGAGCUAAAUAACUCCGUUUCCGAGUCUGAGAGCCGCAUUCAAGUCCUCGAGGCAAGUUUGCAGGCUUCCGAGCAGACCAUUCGUCGACUCGAGAUCACCGCCUCCCGCGCCGCUGAUAUGGAAAGACACAUCACCACCCUAGAGAACGACCUCGAACACGCGCAAAACACACUUGUUAACACGGAAGAGGAGUCUCGAUCUGCUGUAAGACGGUGGAGGUUAGCUGAACGCACAAUUGCCGACCUCCAGAGUCAACUUGACUUGAUGGAGCGGGGUGCUCGCGAAGAGAGAGAGCGACAGGCCGAGGUUAUUGAUCGUAUGGAACGCCAGCGUGAGAUUGAGAGGGAACUUAGCACUGCGGCAGGCCGACUUAAGGGUGCCGCUGCCGUCAAGUCGCUCGGUUUCGGGCCUCAGAGCAGCACGGGUGCAGGAACGAGCACGGUCGUCUCACAUUUCGUGAGGGAUCUACUGCAGGAUAACGCGAAUUUGCAGCUAGGGAUUGCUGAGCUCCGAGAACUCCUUGCCAAUUCCAGUGAUGAGAUCCAAGUGCUUAGAGAACGCCUUUCCCUUCAUCAGCCUAUUCACGAGACUUCACCUGCCGCCCUUGUCUCGAAUUUGAGAGCCGAACUCGGAGCGCCCCAGUCUCCGCCAUCUCGAGAGGUCCACAUACACCAUCAUUACCAUGUCACGCCAAAACAGGAGAACCGAAAGCCCAAGAGGAGAAGGCAGGGUAUGAACUCAUUGUCGGGAUUCAUGCCACCUACACCGGAACAUUCCUCUCCCACCCUUCCACCUACCGCCCGCGAGCAAUGGCAGAGACAGGCUAUUCAUGAUCCCUAUUCCCCGAGAAGCCCUAUAACAAACGAGUCGGAAACAGAAUCCUCUGUUCGGUGGUCACGCGCCUCUAAUCUCAUCUCCGAGUUUGCGCUAUCGACUUUAUCUAGCUCGCCGCAGAGCAAUCCUCGCUUGUCAAUGUUUGAUGGAAGUAUGGCUCUCGAUAGUGACGGGCCACCCUCGCCAUCUACAAGCAUAGAUCCAUUGUCUCCGACCCCCAAGUCGGAUGGAAAUGGAAUGCAAAUGCCGGUUAUGCCCUUGAGCAGCAAUUUCCAGGGCUUUAUGCCCUCCUCGCCCUACCCUGCCUGCACAACGGCACUCUCACUCGGCAUUGUAGAGUUGUCUCAACCGUCUUUACCCGUGCAACAUCCGGAAAACGUGGGUGAAGACACAGUAGAGGAAGUUGACGACGAUGACGACUCUUCGACACGGACAACUACUGAAAGAGACAGUCCAAGAGCCGAAGUGGGGCAGCUAGAAGAGGUGGAUGACAUGUCUAGCCCCCCAAGCCCCCUACAGCCUGUUCUUCGUCGGACCGUGUCCCAUGAAUCCAUCAUGUCCCUCUCUGGUGGUCUGGAUAUUCACACUCUCAAGAACCGUCCAAGCCAGCUCACUUUAUGCCAUCUGGGCAGUGCGCAGGCCAUCGUAACGGGGAUAACGGCGCAGCCAACUCUCUCUACCCUCGGUGGAAAGCGGGGCUCUGCCGUUCUGCGGGACAGCCUCGCCGCGCUCCCAUCCCCCACGCCUCAGCAGACCCCAGGAUCAUCCUUUGGGACUCUUGGUAAAUGGAGAGGGUGGCGACCCUGGGGAGGUCGAGCUUCUACGGGUGGUGAUGAAGGCAGCAACAACAACGACGAUCCACCCACGAAUGACACCUCGGCAGAGACGGAAACCGCCGUCUCCGUUCGGAUUAAGCCCAAGCCUGCCACCAAGGAAAGGGAGAAGGAUAUCAUUCGUACUCCCGGGAUCAAUCAACCGGGAGCCAUCCCCGGCUUCCAAGAGUACUGGGCUGCCUCACAACGGCGCCGCGGUGCGCCAAGUAAGGUACAACCCGACACUGUUGAUCGAGCUGCCCUCAAAGACAUAUUAGAAAGUUGA